UUGGGAGCCGACACGGCGGUUCCUGCGCCAAUCAUGUCUGCCUCACUACUUCGGUCGCGUCUCGCCGCUACAGGCCUCAAGUCUGUUCCUCGAUCGACAUGCCCCUCGCAAAACCCUCUCAAAACCUCGGUCCCUCGUCGCUAUAACUCGAGCUCAGCCGGCAGCUCUAGCAGCGGAUUCAAGGUCGCGGCGUAUAGCAGUGCGCUGGCAGCUGCUCUCUACGUCUCAUACUACUAUGCGACCGACACGCGAGCAUUCGUCCACCGAUAUGUCGUCCCGCCGCUGCUGCGAACCGUCGUCCCUGAUGCCGAAGAUGCGCACCAUUUGGGAGUGUCUGCGCUGAAGCUGCUCUACGAAGUCGGCCUGAACCCGCGCGAACGAGACGCCACUGUCGACAGCCCCAGCCUCUCUGCGUCCGUCUUCGAGCACCAAUUGGCGAACCCGAUCGGCAUCUCAGCUGGUCUGGACAAGGACGGCGAGAUUCCCGAUGCGCUGUUUGCGCUGGGAGCUGGUGUCGUUGAAGUUGGUGGCUGCACCCCUCUGCCGCAGGAGGGAAAUCCCAAGCCUCGUGUCUUUCGCGUGCCGAUUCUCGACGGAAUGGUUAACAGAUAUGGUCUCAACUCAAAGGGAGCCGACGACAUGGCGAUCCGCCUGCGCGACCGACUUCGACGAUUUGCGCGCUCAAUAGGGGUCACCGAGGAGGAAAUCAUCAGUGGAGAGGCCGGUGUUCCUGUGGGAAGCUUGAAGCCUGGACGGAUCCUUGCUGUACAAAUCGCAAAGAACAAGGAGACGAACGAAAAGGACGAGCAAGCCAUCGCCGCCGACUACGUCUACUGCACACGGCGGUUGGCCCGCUAUGCCGAUGUUCUGGUCGUCAACGUCAGCAGCCCCAACACUCCAGGUCUUCGGGAUCUCCAAGCUACAGAGCCUCUGACCCGGCUCCUCGCCGCGGUUGUCGACGAGGCAUCCCAAACAGAUCGAAAAGUCCGCCCCAAGGUCAUGGUCAAGGUUUCCCCUGAUGAGGACGAGGAUUCGCAAAUGGAGGGUAUUGUGCAAGCCGUCCAGAAGAGUGGUGUUGACGGCAUUAUCGUUGGAAACACCACAAAGCGAAGAACCGGCCUCAACCCCAAAGGAGCCAAGCUCUCGAUCAGGGAGCAAAAGGCGCUGAUGGAGACGGGAGGCUACUCUGGUCCCGCCAUGUUUGACCGAACCUUGGAUCUCGUCGGCCGCUAUCGUAAGUUGCUCGACUCACAGCCCGUUGGCAAGGGUGAGCAAAAGGUUCUUUUUGCGACUGGAGGUAUCACAAAUGGAGAGCAGGCGUUGAAGGUUCUGAAUGCUGGUGCAAGCGUAGCGAUGGUGUAUACUGGUUUGGUUUAUGGAGGCGUUGGAACGAUUACGAGGAUGAAAAAGGAGAUGCACGAGGCUCUAUAGAGGCGUGAUUUGAAGAGGUCAAUGGUUUUGAUGACAUGGGAAGCUUUCCAUGAGUGUCUUAGAGGUGUUGGAGGGAGAUAUAUGAUAUACUACUACCUUUGUAUUUAU